UUAGUUAAUUUGAUGAAUCUGUAUAUUAAAUUGUCAGUUUGUGUACCUCGGCUGAUUCCUGGACGAGGAUUUUAUGCACAAAUAAGUUCGGAAAUUACUAGUGAAUUUCCGGGCGUGACAUUUAAGUUGAAGUCGGCGGCUACUGUCAUUACGAAUAAGGCAUAAUCUCUAUCCUAUGGAUUAUGAAAUAUAUUGAAAAGGUUUACCCUCACGUGUACGGGUCGUUUCCGUAUACGCUGUUAGAAAUUUAUCUCAAAUUAUGGAAAAUAUCUCUAUGAGUUAAUAAAUUGCCGGAAUCCUACUCGGAGGGGAAAAAUCUCUGGUUAUAUCGUGUCAAUUUGCAUAUCCCUAAGGGGGUAUUCCACGACGGUACAUGGUGGAUAGCAUCAAAUGUGUCAGUUUUGCACUGAUUUGUGGGCCCUCCAAUCUGUGUACUCACUCUGAUUGGCUAAAGGUAUAUUUCAUCACAUGGCGGGUGGUUUUCGUCUAUAAUAAGCCUGCAUACAAAUUUUCACCAACUCUUGAGGAAAUAAUUAGUAAUAAACACUACUGCUAAUAAGUUUUAUGUUUUAUUUCAUUUGCUUUUAUGUAGGAGUUGAUGGUCAAAUUUAGUAUUUAGGGAACAUCAACACUGACCACCCAUGUGCCACCAGUCAGACUAGCCACGUAUAGAAGGCACAUAUCCUUUCCAAAUAGGGUCAAACUUUGCUAUAUUUUUUCCUUGGUGCUAAAUUUAGUCGUCAACAAUCUUGUUGAUUCCAUAAUCUCUACAAAUAAAGCAAGAAGAGGACCUGUAAAUGUUUUGCCGGAAUUUGUGACGGAGCUUCUAGCCUCGCCAAAUAUUUGAUAGUAGAGAUACUGAGCCACGUACUGCCCACUAAAUCUCUAGCUUGAUGUCGCGGCACCCAUGGUCGCUACUCAUCUAGAUCCGGAACACAAUGAACUCAAGGCUACAAUGAAAAGGGAGGAGGUCAGGAUCGAUCCAUAGGCCAGCUAGGUCAAAUGCACCACAUCCAUGUCUUGAUAAUCAAGACAAUUUAUGAACCAUUUAGUCUACAACAGUCAAUUUAUCACCAUGUGUUUAUCACACCUCAGAUCCAACGAUCAAGCAUGUGCAUGCCCAUUGCCGUCACCCCAAUGUUGUCCCCUGCCUUCGAGAAUGUACGGAAUCACGAGCAAAGAAGCGGGCAUCCUCCUCAUGAGGGGAGUGCACCAUGUUGUCACUAGAUCUAGUUCUUUGCUAGUUGUGGCUUCGACAAAGAAGAGUUGCUCUGCUAAUGGAUCUAUUGAUCCACGCCUCCAUGCCAGUGGGGUGGUAUCCUCCAUCUUCUCUACAUUGCUACACUUGAAGGGUGCGUCUGAGGAGGAAAAAAUGGGGAUCAAGGUGGAGUAGCCCAAGGUAGAAUCGAGAAAACAACUGGUCGCACAGAACAAUUUAUUAUCAUUGCCAUAGCCCGUCACAGUUGUUAUCGCAUGGGUUAAGAGAGAAGGAGAAACAAGUGAAGGGGUUGGGGAGAGGGAGGUGACAGUAAGGUUGGGGUUGGGCCUCUUGAAGUCCUCCCUCUCACGGAUGAGAGUGACCAAGGUAGGAUCCCUUGGUGCAAAGAUAUAAAGACGUCUCUUGACAACGAAGUGGUUUGUCAUGUCUUCCUUUCCAGGCCCACAAAUCUUGUUCAUCAACAACAUCAUCUAGUCAUACAUUUCUUGGGGAGUUUCUCCAUCUUCCAUCAUGAACCUCCCAAGCUUUCCUUCCAAAAGCUCGAUCUUGGACUCCCUCACACUGGGUGUGACUUCAUGAGAGACUUGCAACGUGUCCUAUAUAUCCUGGGCCUCCUCAAGCCCAUCAACCUUGUUAAACUCCUCUACGCAAACGGGGUAGAGAAUGGCAUUGGCUGCUUGAGUGUUGCGGUGGAUUUUGUUCUUUCUCCAGAGUGAGGCCCAUGUCUUUGUUGUGACCUUAGGUCACGAACAAGAUCGGGGAUAGGCCGGAAAGAAGUGUUUUCCCGCCUAUCCUUAGAAAUGAGCUCGAACAGCAAACACAACUUUUGAGGAUUACUUUUGUAUUCAAGAUGUAUUGUCCUGCUACAGGUUUUUGACUGGCUUUUAUAACCGGUGGUCGUACACGCGAGAUUACAUUUUUACCCCUGUGGGUCUUUGUAAGUUUACUCUAAUGCCCCUGCCACAUCAGCGUCUGUGGGGGCAUUCUAGUACAUCUCCAGGGGUCUUUUAGUCUUUUAGGUGCUAACUGGCGAGAGUGGUUGAAGGUGGUCCCCAGGGAAUCUUCCCUUGGCAUCUUCUCUUGUUCGGGUAGUGCUCUUCCUCGAACUCUUGGGAAAAAUGCAUUUUCCGUCCUGGACCGUCUUCUUCCUCCUGGGAAUUCGAAUUCCCCCUUUGCCUUCUCUUUCAUCCUUGGAAAACACCUGUGAAAUUGUAACUUGUCCAAAAAUAUGUGUAGUUGUAUUAGCGAUUAUGGAAUGUCCCUAAUAAGGUGUUCUUCACCCGAAGAGGUAUUUUCUAUUCGAAUGAGUGUUCUUCCUCUGGGAAGGUAUUUUCCUCUUGGGAAGGUGUUCUUCCUCUUGGAAAGGUAGUUUCCACUCAAAAUGAGUGUUUUCCCCUCUGGAUACUUAGGUCUUGCAAAACCUCGUAGUGUUUUGACCGAAUUGGAGGAAAAGGUGUUUGCACCCUGCUACAACAAGCCCCUCACGGGUAAGGGCGAUGUGUGUUUUCGGCCGAAACCGUGCUUGAGUUUAUGGAAAAAAGGGGGAAAACCGCCGUCCUCCUAUUCGGUCGAAACACACUAUUCAAAUAUGCAUAUAUGCCACGUUUACUAUUCAUUAUUUUUAUUUUUAUUCUUAUUAUUUUUCAUUAUUUUUUAUUUUUUUUAAAUGUUUUUUAUGCCACAUGUCGGUAUUUCAUUGGUCGCGUCGCUUCGGGUUUCGUGUCCGCUUGUAAACCCGCGACCCUUCCCACCCUGCGCUAUAUAAGGCUAGGAGGGGUCGCUAUCACGUGACCCACGCCACCACUCGUUUGCUCUGCCAUCAACUCGAAAUUACAAAAUACUCGAACUAAACCUCUUUCUUCCUUCUUCCAUUCGAGUUUUGGUGCUUUGCUUGAUUUCUUCCUUUCUCACUACACAGCAUGGGGAAAAACAAGAAAACUGCGGAAAAGUCGAAGUCCAAGAAAUCAAAAGGCCACGAAGAUACUUCUUGUGGUAUUGGUGCCUCUUCGAUUAAGGAAAAAAACUUAAACGAUCUUGUUGAUGUUGGUUGGAUAUCUGGUCGAAACGUUGUAAUUCGACCAGUGGGAGAAUCAAGGCCUUCUCCUAAGCUGGGAUACACUCUUGUGUUUGAGGAUUUCUUCUACGCCGGGUUUAAAUUCCCAUGCAGCACUUUUUUGGUUGAGGUCCUGAAAUUGUUCAAACUUGAGUUUCCUCAAUUGACUCCGAAUGCUUUAGUUCGAAUUGGGCUUUUCGAAUGGAUGAUUCGAAGCUGCGGUGGGACCCCUCGAGCUGAAGACUUUGCAUACUUCCAUUGUACUCGGCACUACACCAAACAGAACUCGAAGUUUGGGUGUGUAAACUUUGCUCCUCAUCCCAAGCGCGGAAGUCCAUGGCCAGCUGUGUCUGCUAUUCGAGCAAAAUGGGGGAACAAGUGGCAAUCGAAGUGGUUUUAUCAUCAAAUCCCUCUUAGCCUGCUGAAUGAUAAGGAUUGUCCUUUUUCGUUCUCUGGGAAGAAACCGAAAACUGUCUCCGAGCCAUCAGUCUCUUUGUCGCCGGAGUUCGCUGCCAUACAACCUCGAAUCGAAGAACUUGUUUCGAAAUUUAGCUGCCGAGACCUGGUGGAAGAGUUUGUUCUUCUCAAAAUUAGACCUCUUUCGAGCGGCUGGGAUAUCACUCUCGGAGAAAUCCCCGAAAGUUGCCCUUCCAGUCUUCCUCCAUUUGUGGUUUCGUCUGAUCGUAAGUUUCCUUUUCGAACUGCAAACCUUGUUUGUCUUGAAAAAGUGAUUUAGUUAAGAAGAUUUAUUUUCUCCCUUUGUUAUCUUCUUCCUUGUAGUUGUGAUUCCAGAGGAUAUGGUCCGCCCAGUUCGGAAAUUUCUUGGCCCUUAUACCAAGGAUGAGCAUUUGAAAUUUUUGACACUUCAAAACGGGAAAAGGCAAAAUCGGGUCUUCGCUUCUCUAGGCUCUGAUAUCCCUGUUCGCGUUCAUCCUGAAAUUGUCCCCAAACUAAAGAAAAAGAAAUCUGUGAAGCCCUCUUCCUCUGAUGAUGAUGAUGAUGUUGAAGUGGAAGAUAUUGACGAAGAAAUUGGGGAAGAAAAUGCUGAAGAAGAAGAAGGCGAGGAAGGAGCUGAUGAAGAAGAGAACGACUCGGGUGAUGAUAGCGACUCGAGUAGCAGUUCGAGCGACAACUCGAGCGACUCGUCUGAAUCUGAUGAUAGCAAAACAGUUCCUCCUCCUACUGUUUUAGCUGAUUUGAAAAGGAAGAAAACUGUCAGCAGUCCUCUUUCGAGCGGCUGGGAUAUCACUCUCGGAGAAAUCCCCGAAAGUUGCCCUUCCAGUCUUCCUCCAUUUGUGGUUUCGUCUGAUCGUAAGUUUCCUUUUCGAACUGCAAACCUUGUUUGUCUUGAAAAAGUGAUUUAGUUAAGAAGAUUUAUUUUCUCCCUUUGUUAUCUUCUUCCUUGUAGUUGUGAUUCCAGAGGAUAUGGUCCGCCCAGUUCGGAAAUUUCUUGGCCCUUAUACCAAGGAUGAACAUUUGAAAUUUUUGACACUUCAAAACGGGAAAAGGCAAAAUCGGGUCUUCGCUUCUCUAGGCUCCGAUAUCCCUGUCCGCGUUCAUCCUGAAAUUGUCCCCAAACUAAAGAAAAAGAAAUCUGUGAAGCCCUCUUCCUCUGAUGAUGAUGAUGAUGUUGAAGUGGAAGAUAUUGACGAAGAAAUUGGGGAAGAAAAUGCUGAAGAAGAAGAAGGCGAGGAAGGAGCUGAUGAAGAAGAGAACGACUCGGGUGAUGAUAGCGACUCGAGUAGCAGUUCGAGCGACAACUCGAGCGACUCGUCUGAAUCUGAUGAUAGCAAAACAGUUCCUCCUCCUACUGUUUUAGCUGAUUUGAAAAGGAAGAAAACUGCCAGCAGUCCUCCUCCUGAACCGAGUUCUAAACGAGUGCAACUUGUUAUUGAUAGUGAUGAAGAUUUGGAUGAAGAUGAUAUCCGUAUUGAUCUUUCUGCCAUCCAUGUCACCCCAAUUCGAGCUGAUGCUAGUUUUGCCCUUUCGGCAAAAGAAGUAGCUUCACUGUAUGUUGUUGCCCCAGCCACCACGGUUGUCGAGGAAGAUUGUUCGACCCAAGUGGGUGAUACUGUUGAGACAACAAACCCUCUUCGAGCUGAUAGAGACUUGGUGGCAAAAAAGGCAAAAACGCCCGUCAAUGCAGCCGAAAAAACCGAAGCAGGGAAGAGUGCUGCUGGUGGAGGUGUUCGAACUACAGGUAGUUCGAACCCAACUCCACCUCCGUCACCGCCGUUCAUCGCAACCCCUUCCCCAGAGCUGAUACAAAACGUUCUUGGUGGUUUUAGCGAACGAUGCGCAAAAGAUGGACAUUGGCUUAUGGGUCUUCCUAAUUUCAAUGAACUCGGGGAAAGUAGCCAUCAUGGCCCAAACUUGUGUUUGAAUGACCUAAAGUAUCGCCACCCCCUGAGUUCGAUUAGUGAUGAACUCGAGAAAAUUCUGAUUACUCCUGAUCUUGAAAAGGAGUUUUUGGAAGAAAAUGAUCUUAUGUCCUCUUGGACAGCACUUGAUGUAUCUGCUGCACAGACUGCGAGCCUUGCUCGUCUUCAACGUGGUGUUGCUCGGAAAGCUCUUCGAGCUCUUUGCACGCGACGAAAGAAAUCACUUGAUCGCAUCGCUAAACUCGAAAAAGAUCGGGAUUAUCUUCGCUGCAAACUUGAUCGAAUGGCCGACGAGAAGAAAAUCACCACCGAUCUCAUGCGCAAGUUAAGCGGCAAAAAGAAAGAGCUUUCCGAAGAAAAGAAGUUGCUUACUGAGGAAAAGAAGAAAUUACUCGCUCGUGAAAAAGCAUUCGAGCGAAAAAUCAUCGAGUAUCAAGACGUCGCACGACAACGCGCUGAAUCAGAAGACAAGAUGAAAGAGCAAGUUGAGGUCUUGGAGAAGAAGAAUAAAGAACUUGAACUCGCCUGCAAAAAUCAAAACGAGAAGAUAUCUGCUUUAGAGCUCGAGAGCGAAAAUUGCCGCCAACUUCUUCUGAAAAGUUGCGAGACCGUUCGAAUCGCGUUGCGAAGUCUAGGGGCUGACAUCAGCUUGCUAUCGGAAGAAAAUACCUUAGCAGCUGUGGGAAAAUGGUUCGAGGAAUUUUCCAUUGGGCUAAAAGAUAGCGUUACUCCCUUUGCAUCUCGCUGCUCGAAGACUGCUGUGGAGAGCCUUUCGGCCUGUCUGCUUUCAAAUGGGUGUGAACACUUUACCACCCUUAAAGCUGAUAUCCAAGGUAUGCUUAAUGAUGAGGCCAAAUAUGCACAGCUUCGAGAUGCAGCUCAACCCGUCGUAAAGGCUUUCCAAGUGCUUUACUGGAAGAAGAAAGGAUAUGAAGAUACCCUGAGGUCUCUCCGAGCAUCUCUUGCCUCAAGAUCAAAAUCACAGCCGGCCAGUUGGAGCCAACAAGAUAAAGACAGUAGUACUCCGAGCUCGAGCGCACAGGUGUGACGUUCGUGAAAAGAAUAGUUAAGGAUGCUUCAUAUAUUCGAAAACAAUGCUAUUUUGCUGCUUCAAAGCCGUUAUGGUUGAGAGCCUUUAUUGUAAAAAUUUAUAGUGUAGCUGACUAUAAUGCUUUUCUCUUAUUGCAUGCUUUUCACGGAAAUUCCCUUUCUUUGGGGGGCUGCAGGUUAACUCGAAUCGAAAACUUGUGAUUCGACGCAACAACACUUUGCCUACUCGAAAUGUGAAGCACUUAGCAUUUCGAGACCCUGCAAAGCUUUCUUCUACCAGGACCACCAUCUCCGAUGACGAACUCGAAGCCUGUUAUGAUAACACUUGUAUAUUUGCUUUUAAGUUUUUCCGAUGGCAACGAAGCCAUCGACAUGACAGUUUACGUGACUUUGUACUUGAGUUUAGGGAACGGCGUUCGAACAAUAAUCUUGCUAGUAAAGCCUUUUGGCAAAACUUCCAACCAUCCGAACGCCAACGUAGAAUAUGGAAAAGGCGUUAUUCAAUAGUUCCAUAUACAGUAAUGCCUUCUCCUCUCAACAUUGUUUAUCCCGACUCUUUUCUUUCUUCUUUGUAGAGUUUGUAUGUAACUUGUUAUACCUUCUUAACAUCAAAUAAACCCUUCCUUUCUUCUUUUCU